AUGAAUUUUAAUGCAUUAAAAUUGUUGUUUUAUACAUUAGUAGUGCAUAUUAUUAAUCCAGAUAUUCCAAAUAGGGGUACAGCAAUUCUCGGAUGGCCUUCGAAUAGAAGUAAGUUAAAUAAAACAGUAAACGAUUUUCAAAGAGAAUAUAAUCUCAAAAAAGUCACAGAAAAUAUAACUCGGGAUCAAGGCGAUGACUUCGGAUAUAUACCUAAUGAAUUUAUCGCUUUUCAAAUAGAUUUACUUCUAAUAUUACAGCAGAUGGCCUACGUGUUCAAUAAAAGAAACCGAACUGGACUCACGUACAAUGAAUAUUUUGUAACUGUUUGUUCAUUGCUCCCGAGAUGUCUGGACUAUAUCAAUAUAAAUGUCUUUCAGAAUUCAAUAACCGUAAUGUUAAACAAAAUGCAUAUAGUUCUUUGUCAAACAUUGCCUACGUAUUAUUUAAAAAUUAUCAAUUCGUCACGGAAGGAUACAGAAAAAGAAGUUAUUUAUAAGGAAAUUGAGAGAAAUUUGAUAUAUAUAAUAUCAAUGUUAGAGAAUAAAACAAAAAUUGGGAACAACUUAUUUGAGCAUCAAAAUUAUCAGAAAGACAGUAAGAAUUUUCUUUUCAAAGUUUACAAUAUCAUUGGUAAAAUUGAUAUGAUAUCAUGUAUGAGAAAAAAUCUCGAAAGCCUGAAGAAUUAUCAUACCGAACAAAAAACGCUUAACGGAAAGAAAUUACAGAAGGUUGAUACCAGAAACAAUAACAUUAAACAAUUUUUAGUAAACGGAAAAGUCUUUUUGGAUGUGAACAUGAGUUAUACGGAUAGACUUAAAAAAAAGUGCGGUCUGUCAAAAUAUGAAAUUCGAACAAAUGAUUUGUCUAUGUUUGAAGCAAUGCAUGAAUUAUUUGUUUAUACAUUACAUAGACUCCAACAAUUCUUUUCAAAUACUAUAUUAGGCACUCAAAAAAAAAAUUCACGAAUAACUGAAAAAGACCUG